AUGACGUCAGACGUCAAAUUAUCGUAUGUCGCGGCUGAGAAGGCCACUAGCCAGGAAAGUGAUGUCGAGUGCACGACAAUUAUCGAGGAGACCACGGAAGGUGUUCUUCACAAUGAUAGAACAAAACUCAAACAGGGGUUGAAGUCUCGGCACAUCAAAAUGCUGACUAUAGUAGGGGUUUUUGGUACUGGUCUUUUCCUAUCUUCUGGUGGAACAUUACGAAGAGCUGGUCCUGUAGGGCUUCUACUUGCAUACCUGCUUGUCGGUAUAGUCGUCGGUUGCAAUCAAAUUGCAAUCGCGGAAGUAGCGUCUUUCAUGCCUGCUACAGGUGCUACUAUAAGACAUUCGGAACAAUUCAUCGAUGAGGCUGUUGGCUUUACAUUUGGUUGGAUUUCCACUUAUUCCUCAUUGAUGCCGGGGGAAUUAUCUGCCGCCACAGUCAUCAUGUCUUACUGGACAGAUUUAAGUCCUGCUAUCUGGAUCACUGUGUUUGGAAUUCUGUUUGUUCUCACAAACAUUUACACGAUCAAAUUCUACGGGGAGAUUGAGUACUUCUUUGGCUGGCUGAAGAUUAUUCUUAUUUUUAUUCUGAUCAUCACAGGAUUAGUUAUUGAUCUUGGAGGUGCUCAUAAAGAGAGACUCGGCUUCCAUUACUGGAGGGAUCCUGGUCCUUUCGCUGAUUAUCUUGUUGGUGGGAAUAUUGGAAAGUUUGUGGGCUUCUGGUCUGCCCUAUCAUCUGUUGUAUAUUCCUAUUCUGGUGUUCAAGGUAUCGCUGUUUUAGCAGGUGAAACAAAAAAUAGUAGACAUGCGAUUUUCUACGGUGCUAAGGACGUUUUUGUCCGGAUUAUAGUUCUUUAUUUACUUAGUGUUUUCGUGUUAACACUAAUUGUUCCAUACAAUGACCCAUUGCUAGCCAAUAGCACAGGUAAUGCCAGAUCAAGUCCUUUUGUUAUUGCCAUGGAAGGUGCAGGAAUUAAGGUUUUGCCACAUAUUGUUAAUGCUCUGACUUUGACUUCUGCUUGGUCGGCAGGCAAUUUAGCUAUCAUAGAAGGUUCAAGAGAUCUCUUUUGUCUGGCAACGAAAAAGCAAGCUCCUCAAAUUUUCUUAACAACUAGCAAGAGGGGUAUUCCAUGGGUUGGCAUUCUUUUCAUUGCAAUGUUUUUACCCCUAGCUUAUAUGGCAUGUUCAGAAUCAUCUGCUACUGUUUUCUCCUGGUUCCAAGAGUUGGUCUCUUCCAACACAUUACUACGUUGGAUACUGAUCUCUGCUAACCACAUUCACAUGGAUAGAGCUCUAAAGGCUCAAGGGUAUAGUAGAUCUGAUCUUCCCUAUUCCGUUUCAUACGCUCCUUUUGCUGCAUGGUUUUCAGGGAUAAUGUCUGUCAUUUUCCUGCUGACUGGUGGUUUUUAUAAUUUUUUGCACGGUCAUUUCUCUAUUGAAUCGUUUUUCACCAGAUACUUCAUUAUACCACUGGCCAUAUGUUUAUUCACAUUCUGGAAACUCUUCAAGAAAACGAGAUAUUUACGUCCAACAGAAGUGGAUCUUGCCUCUAUUUUUGAAGACAUCAAAGAGAAUCCAGAGAAUGUAGAGAAAAGUGAUCCUCUCUGGAGAAAGCUCCCGUUCAACCACAGUUCCAAAAAAGAAAAUACUACCGGUGACGCUCACUGA